UGAUUGGCCGAAACAUAUCACGUGACUAACACUGACUGGGAGAUAUUUUUGGCGCUCGAUAAUUUAUGCACAGUGUGUGCGUCAGUUUUUGUGCAGUGUGGAAGACAACUAUCGUUUGAAAUCAUGCCUGGUGGUAAAGCUGGAAAAGAUUCUGGAAAGGCCAAGGCCAAAGCAGUGUCAAGGUCUGCGCGCGCUGGACUACAGUUCCCGGUGGGUCGUAUUCACAGGCAUCUGAAGAACAGGACAACAAGCCAUGGACGUGUGGGAGCUACUGCAGCAGUUUACAGUGCAGCCAUUCUGGAAUACCUGACCGCUGAGGUGCUUGAGUUGGCUGGCAAUGCCAGUAAGGAUCUCAAAGUGAAGAGAAUCACCCCUCGUCACUUGCAGCUGGCUAUUCGUGGAGACGAAGAGUUGGACUCCCUCAUCAAGGCCACCAUAGCUGGUGGUGGUGUCAUUCCUCAUAUCCACAAAUCCCUCAUUGGCAAGAAGGGAACUCAGAAGCCAUAGGACAGCAACCUUCAUUAGCACCAUUGUGUGUGUUGAGCAAGUGGACAUCUAUCAAGUGUUCUCAUAUCGUGAAACUGUAUCGUCUUAUAUCUCCAUAAACUUUCAUUCAUUGUUCAUCAGCAAAAUUUUUAAUCUUGUGUUCUUGUCCAAACUAACAUUUUUAAAAUCAUCGUUCAUUCUCAUGUUUUUAUCUUGAAUAAAAUUUGGUUGUAAAAA